UCAAGGUUUCUUUUUAUUUCUGUCAAAGAGUAAAUUAAUUUUUUAUUAAAUUUUAAUAAUGUAGGGUAAAUAAAAAUAGCUGAUUAGCUGUUCCAAGGAACAUACGGAUUGCCCAUAUAUAAAAAGUACUCUGUGUUUGUGAUUGCGAUUGGUGAAUAACUGAAUAGCCGCAGCAGCUGAUUUUCCGCGAUUUUCUUUUACACUCUGUUUUCUCUACUUGUUUUAUUUACGAAUUAUUCGAUUUGUAAUUUGUUAAUUUGAAAUUAAUUAAUUUGAAGUUAAUUUAAAUUUUUAAAAUUUUGUUAAUUGUUCGAUUUUAUUAAUAGUUAUUUGUUCCACAGUGAAGAUGGAUUGGACAGCAGUAUGUAACCAGUUUAAACAGACUUGGCUCACUACGCUCAUGAGCUUGAUUUUAUUCUCUGGAGUUACCUAUUUUUUGAUAUGGGCAGAGGGUCAAACAAUACAGAGCAACCUUAUCCUGGAAGACCUUGUGUCUGCAGCAGAGAGCAUAGAUGUGCAUGCAGGUGAUGAGGCGGAACGCUAUGAAGGUCGUGUCGCACAUAUUGUAGGACCCUUGAGAAUCCUGGAACCCAUUUCUGAGCCUGACUAUAACAUUCAUGUACAGGCUGUAAAGUUGAGGAAAAGAGUGCAAAUGUACCAAUGGAUAGAAGAGACAACUGAAACAGAAAAUUUUUUGAGUGAGCCAGCUGAAGAGUCUCAGAAAACGUAUUGGUACCACAAAGACUGGAGAGACUAUGUGGUUGAGUCUUCCUUAUUCUACAUCAGACCAGGACAUCAUAAUCCAUCCUCCAUGCCAAUGUUUAGUGAAACUCAUAUAGCUGACAAUGUUAAGAUUGGAUGGAUGCACCUAGGACUAGAUGUAAAGAGGAAAGUAAAUGACUAUUAUGAAAUCUGGUCAGACACAAGGCCUGACCGGAGUGAUAUCAAAUUGCACUCUGGUUUCUAUUACCACGGGAACAGCGCUCUGGAACACGAAAUAGGUGAUCUUCGAAUUCAUUUCUCUUAUGCGGGACGAGAGGAUGACAUUUACACAGCAGUUGGUGUGGUUGAGAGAGGAGUACUACAACCGUACAGUGUAGACAAGUUCCCUACAGCUGACCCGUUGUCUUUAAUGAGGAAGGGUUCAUACAGUCUGAAACAGUUGUACGACUUAGAGAAAGGUGUUGCCAAUACACACACCUGGAAAUACAGGAUGCUUGGCUUUGUGCAAGUUUUUGCAUCUGCCAUGACACUUCAUCCAGAAUGGUUAACACUGUUUAUGCAAUGCCAGUGGAUUUCCAGCAAUCUGAGGAGGUGCACAAGAUUUUGGAUCAACUUAGUUCUAUCUUUUUCAUAUACUCUCCUCAUCAUAUCUAUACCUUGGUUAUUCCACAAGCCAACCUUCGGGGUAAUGGUGCUUGGUGGUGCAAUGUUGCCCAUACUGCAUUAUUCUACAUUGCUGACUCGGGAUGCACCUGAUGUUACAAGAUACACUCGCUGGGAAGAUCGCUGAGGCGCUAUAAAAAUAUGGGAAUUGCUCAAAAUGGUUGUUUUUUAUACUAUAAACGUUAUGCAGGAACCACAUGUUUGGCACUUCCAGCAGACUCCAAACCUCUGCUUCAUUUUGGAAACCAAACAUCGCGAUUGCUUGCGUCAUCGUGUUGACUUAAAAUAAAUAACCAAAUAAACGGGAAAAUAAGUGAAAUAUUUUAAAAAGUUACUCAUAUCUACACCUACAGUUACUAUUUUUUUACACAAUCGCACAAAAUUUUAGUCUUUUUAAUUAAUAUUAGUUUUUAAAAUUGUACAUCUACCAUGUUGAUUGGAAUUUGUGAUGGUUUGCACAGAUUUGGCAAGAGUACGGAUUUGGUUGUAUGAACGAGUCGAAUCAAGUCAAUUCUCAUUUUAGUGCUAUCUAGGUGUGCAUAGGCGUUAAAUUAUUAUAUACUCAGAGGCACAAUUAUCCGCCUACUUUAAUCUACUCGCGUCUUAUUAAAGUGGGCGGAUAUUUGUGCCUCUGAGUAUAGUUACAUGACUAUGUUUUUACUAUUGCCUCACUAAUAUAGAGUAAAGUUUUAUGUGUGUGUGUGCCUUAGUGUAAGUUUUGUCUAUGCAAAGAAAAUAAGUAUGUGCAUUUAAGCAUUUUAAAUGAUUUCGAAUAUUAAUUUAUGUCACCCUAAGUGUAAAUAUUUAAAAUAAAAACCAUUUGUUAAUAAUAUUAAUAUAAGUUUAACUACUAUGUAUAAUACUAUAAACUAAAUUAUAAAAUACACGUGACCAUGUAGGUAGGUAAUUUGAUUGUUUGAAACUUACCAUAUCAGAUUGUUUUUGUAGCAAAGAUAACAUACUAAAAUAAGUAAGUAUAGAAUACUAUAUAUUUCAGUAUAUAGUAUUCUAUUAUAUUUAAGUACCUAAUUGAGUAUUGUGUAAAUAAUAAACUUUAAAUUAUUAA